ACCCCGCCCCUCCGGACCAGCCCCACUGCAGCAGCGAGCGUCCCGUCCGGGAAGUUCCCUCAGUUUGUUCCAGAGCCGAGCAGGACGAACCGGGUCCUGACUCUAAUCGACCCGGUCUGUCUCAUCCUGAGACAGAGGGACAGAGGACUGAGAAGAGACCAGAGGAGAAACGAGGAGACGGGCUGGACGGAUCAGGGACGGUUCGGGUCUUAUCGGGUUCGGAUCUUUUUCUCUUUUCUUCUCGCUCGGCUCCGGGUUUUACGCGUCUCCUGGUCCAAGAGGGUCCUGAGGAAUCCUGAGAACUCUGCGUUGACUGACAGGCGGGUCAUGUGUCGGACCGCGUUGGAUCUCUGAGUCCAGUUCUCAUCAUGGGCCCCCUUAAGCCGCUGAUGGUGAUGGUGAUGAUGAUGAUGGUGAUGAUGAAGGUGUCCGGCAGCAGCAGAGCGGCGGAAACCCUCGCUGACCGCCUGGUUCACGGAGGAACCAGACACAAACGUUAUGCCAUCAACCCUCUGGGCCACAAGUGGACUCACCACAACAUCACGUACAGGAUCACCAAGUUUCCCAACACUCUGAAUGUGGAGGACACCAGGAAGGCCAUCAGCAUCGCCUUCACCAAGUGGAGCGACGUCUCUCCGCUGACCUUCGCCGAGGUUACCGACGCCAAUGCCACCGCUGACAUCACCAUAGGUUUCUACACCUUUAAUCACACCGAUUGCUGGUGGUCUCCUCUCCACCCGUGUUUCGACGGUCUGAACGGCGAGCUGGCUCACGCCUUCCUGCCGCCGCGAGGAGAAAUCCACUUCGACAACCACGAGUUCUGGAUCCUCGGGAAGUCCAGGUUCAGCUGGAAACAAGGAGUGUGGCUGAACGACCUGGUCCAGGUGGCGGCUCACGAGAUCGGUCAUGCUCUCGGCCUGUGGCACUCCAGAGACCCUCAGGCCCUGAUGCAUCCCAACGCCACCUACACCGGACAGAGGAACAUCGCUCAGGACGACGUUUGGGGCAUCCAGAGGCUUUACGGUUGCCUGGAUAAGAAGCGAGUCUGUGAUCCCUGGGCUCGACUCGGCUUCUGUGAGCGAAGGAAGACCUUCAUGAAGAAGAACUGCGCUCGGCGCUGCGACCUCUGCUACGAGCCUCUGGAAGCGGUUACCACGCCAACGCCACCUCCGGCCAAUGUCAAGAUCAAGAUGGUUCCCCGAGGGAAGGUGGUGGGUUUCCGCUGUGGGACCAAAAACUCCCGCUCUCCGCCCAAAGUGAGCUGGUAUAAAGACGGCGAGCAGAUCCUGACCUCCAUCCCCGGUUACAUCAUCAUGAAGGACCGUGACCUUCGCAUCGUUGCCAAUGAGUUCAACGAAGGUGUUUACACCUGCCGCAUCCAUCGACGAGGCGACAUUGUAUCUGCCAACUCCUGGGCCAUCCGACUGAAACCAGAGCAGCCGUCCAACAGCUGAGGACAUCGACGGGGAUGGAGUGAUGGAGGACAAAACAACAAACAAUGUGAAGAAAAGGAAGUACUAGUUUUUAUAUUUGUGGGACAGCAGAACUUGUUAACAACGCGUGCGAUUGGGUCUUUGGAGGUGCAGAAGAUCAGAUGUUCAAUUUUUUUUGGCCAUAACCUCAACGGACGCAGUUUUGUAUGCGUUUGGACCUUUUUCAGGUAUUUCUGAUGGUUUGUUCACCACAGGUACGCAAGAAGAUUAUAUGACUCCAAGCUGGACAUGAUUCAACUUUGAAAACAGACUUUGAAAUGGCUUCAUUAAAGAGCUCUGGGGACAGGUUAUAAAUUUGUGGCAGCUCUGUGGUCGUGGCAUGACGUCAUGUUCCUGUACUCAGCUGAGCAGGUUGUCAUCUAAUCGUAAAAAUUUAGGAAAAACGUAACAAAUUCAUAAUACUCCUGGAAGUACGUCAUGUCCCUGUAAUCAUCUCAGUGUUCAUAAUCCUCCUAAUUUAACUGGAAAAACAAAUUUGUGUGAACGUUUGGGCACCUGUGGGCAAUUUCUGCGUUUAGUUAUUUUUUUAAGUGAAAAGAAGUUAAUACAACCCCUGUUGGACGUCAGGUGUCCAUAAUCUUCAUGACGUGACAUUUUGUACCUGUAAUUCUCUUGGGAUGACGCCAUGUCCUGAAUCCUUUUGAUAGGAUACCAUGCACCCAUGAUCCUAUAGGACCGUAAACCUCAAGGCAUGACGUCAUACACUGGUAGUGUCUUGAUAGAACGUCAUGUCCCCAUAUCCCUCCUGGUUUUACCUGUUUGUGUGAUCAUCUACACAGGGCGUCAUAUCCUUGUAUCCAUGGGGUUGUCACAUCCUCAUAAUCCUGUAUGAUGUCAUGUUCUUGGCAUGAUACGACGUCCCCAUAAUUGCAGUGGAUUGUCAUGUACACAAAUGUCGUAGGUCAUGUUCUCAUAAUCUUCUUCGUGGGAUGUCAUGUCCUCAUAAUCCUGUAGAACCUCAGGUGCCUAUAGUACUCAUUGCGUGACAUCCUCACAAUCAUCUCUGUUGAACCCCGUGUCCUCAUAAUCCUGUAGGACGUCAUGCACUGGAAAUCCUUAUGGCAUGACAUCCUUGGCAUGAUUGAUGUGCCCGUUCGCUUUCUGUAGACCAUCAUUUACCUGUAAUGCUGUAGAUUGACGUAUACCUUUUUUCCUCACAGCAUAAUGUCACGUACUUGUAAUGUCCUUACAAUUAUCUCGUCAUGAUCUCAUGCCCUCAUAAACAUCUUGUCAGGACAUCCUCGUAACCUCCUGACGGGAUGUCAUGUAUCCAUGGCGUACCCAUGUAGAACCUCAGGUGCCUGUAGUACUCUUGGCAUGAUGUCG